AUGGCUACUACAAGGGUUAAUGCUAGAAAGAAUGAGAAAGGCAAUGUGGAUCAAGAAGCUCCUCCACAAGCUCUGGCUAACCCUAUGGAAGAUAAUGUGACUAAUGUGGAGUUUAGAUCAGCUUUUCAAGUGUUGGCUCAAGUUGUGACGGCCCAAGACAAUAGAGAGGUAGUAGCUCCCGUGAAACCUAAUGUGAAUACGGCAGAUUCAAGAGUACAACUAAAUGGGAGGUCAAGGGAGAAAAAGAGGUCUAGAAUUGAAGAGGAAAAGUCAUUUCAUGAUUGGUUUGAUGGACAUGGUCGCUCUAAGAAUCGACAAAGGUUUUCCGGACAAGGUUCUUCCAAUUCUUCUAAGUAUAAGAAGGAUAGGGUGUUUAACCCUAAACCUCAAGGGACUAGUAGUGAAUCCCUAUGGUGUACUUGUGCUAGGUGUAGAAAGAGACAUGAGGGUAGAUGUUUAGCCGCCAUAGAGGGUUGUUUUAGUUGUGGUGAAAGUGGUCACCAAAUAAGGAAUUGUCCUAAGACAAAGGUUAAAGGAAGAGAAGAUGCUCCUAAGCGAAACCGGUUUUAUGCACUUCAAGCUAGAGGUGAAGAAGGGUGUGCUCCCGAUUUGGAUCCCGGUAUGUUGAUAGCUUCUUAA